UGCCACCAUCAUCAUCAUCUACACCAUCUUCACCCUCCUCGACACCAUCUUCAUCAGUUCCACUAUUGUCAUCAUCAUCACCAUCAUCAUCUUCUUCAACAUUAUCAUCUACACCAUCUUCAUCAUCUUUACAAUCUUCAUCAUUAACAUUACCAUCAUCUUCAUCAUCAUCCACAUCCUCAAUACUAUCAUCUACAAUAUCUUCAUCAAUCCCACUAUCAUCGUCAACCUCACCAGCACAGCCCUUACUAUCAACAACCUCUACAUUAUCUUCCACAUCAUUACCAUCAUUGUCAUUAUCAAAAAUAACAUCUUCAAUAAUAUCAUUUACAACAUCAUCUGCACCAUCUUCCUCAGUCCCACCAUCAUCAUCAUCUACACCAUCUUCACCAGUUCCACUAUUGUCAUCAUCUUCACCCCCUGCAUCUUCUUCAACAUUAUCAUCUACACCAUCUUCAUCAUCUUCACAAUCUUCAUCAUUAACAUUACCAUCAUCUUCAUCAUCAUCCACAUCCUCAAUACUAUCAUCUACAAUAUCUUCAUCAAUCCCACUAUCAUCGUCAACCUCACCAGCACAGCCCUUACUAUCAACAACCUCUACAUUAUCUUCCACAUCAUUGCCAUCAUCAGUAAACUCGCAGCCUUCAUCACCAUCCCUAUCGUCUUCAUCAUCAUCAACAUCUUCAAUACUAUCAUUUACACCCUCAUCAUUUUCACCAUCUUUAUCAGGCCCACUAUUGUCAACAUCAUCAUCUUCAACACUAUCAUCUACACCAUUUUCACCAACAUUACCGUCACCAUCAUCAACACCACCAUCUUCAAUACUAUCAACUACUCCAUCUUCAUCAUCCUCAACCUCAUUUUCAUCAGUCUCACUAUCAUCAUCAACCCAAUCAAAACAGCCCUCAUCAUCAGUAAUCUCUACAUCAUUGUCCUCAUCAUUACCAUCAUCAGCAAAUUCACAGCGCCCAUCGUCAUCCCCACCAUCUUCACCACCAACAUUAAGAUCAUCAUUAUCAACAAUAACAUCUUCAAUUCUAUCAACAACAGAAUCCUCAUCCUCUUCACCAUCCUCAACAUCAUUUUCAUCAUUCCCACUAUUUUCAUCAUCAUCACCACCACCACAACCAUUUUCAUCAUACUUCUCUUCUUCAAGUUCACCUCAUCAAUUCUCACCAUCUUCACCACUACCCUCAUCAUCUUCACCAUCAACACCAGCAAUAAUUCCACCUAUUCCAUCAUCUUCAUCAACACUGUCAUCAUCAGCAGCCUCAUCAUUUCCAUCACCAACUUCAACUUCAUCAUUCUCAACAACCUCAUUAUCAGCCUUUCCACUAUUUCCAACAUCUCAGCGAUCUUCAACACCAACCCCACCAUUAUCGCAGACACCAUCCUCACCAACUUCAGCACCAUCACCAUCAUCAUCCUCGCUUUCAGCAACACCAAUACUAAUGUCAUCACUGACCCCAGCACCAUCUUCAUUACCAAAUUCACCAUCCCCAACAUUGUCUUCAUCAAUAACCUCACCACCAUUAUUACCACCAGCAGCAACACCAUCAUCCUCUUUUUAUCCACCAAUCUCUUUGACUUCAAUGACUACAUCACCAUCUGCAUCAUCCUCACCAUCAUUACCAACCAUCCCAUUAUUUCAAUCAUCCUCACUGUCAUCAUCACCAAACUCUCCAUCAUUCUCAGAAUCAUCUUCACCACCAUCGUCAUCAUCAUUCUUGCCAUCAUCCCCAAACUCUCCAUCAUUUAG